UUGUCUUACGCUCUCACUCUCCUCCUUAUUUCAUCAUUUUUCUGCAACUCCUUUAAAUAUAACUACUUUUUUUUUAAUAAUAAUAAAAAAAAAACACAGUGGCUAAUUUCAAGAAGUUUUAUAUGCGUAUAAAAGAUUACCCCAACAUAAUUCAUUUCCCUGUCUCUUUUUCUUUUUCCAGGACUAUAAAUAGCCCCCUCCCCAUAAUUAGUUCAUUGCAUCUGGGACUUGGGUUUUGGAAGGCAAUCUUUGUUUAUUCCAUUUCAUAUUUUCUUCACUUUUCCUUGGUUAAACGAAGAAAAUGACUGUUGGGGCUGGGAUUUGUGUGAGUGAUGAUGGGAAGUUAAUGGUGUUGGGAAACUGUGUUCUUCACGAUGUUCCUGACAACAUCGUGGUGCUUCCAGCCUAUGGUGAUGCAUUGGCUAAUGGAGCUUUCAUCGGUGUUGUUUCAGAUAAGACGGGUUGCCGCAGGGUCUUCCCCGUUGGCAAACUUCAGGGACUGCGUUUUAUGUGUGUUUUCCGAUUCAAAAUGUGGUGGAUGACGCAGAGGAUGGGAGCAUGCGGUCAAGAUAUACCCUUCGAAACCCAGUUUUUGAUUGUGGAGGCACGCGAUGGCUCCGGAAAUGGAGACGAUUCCGCCGUAUAUGUUGUGUUUUUACCGAUUCUUGAAGGGGAUUUCAGGGCUGUUCUUCAAGGCAAUGAAAGAAAUGAGCUGGAGAUUUGUUUGGAAAGUGGGGAUCCAGCUGUUGAUGAGUUUGAAGGGAAUCAUUUGGUUUUUGUGGCAGCUGGAUCAGAUCCAUUUGAUGUCAUCACCAAUGCUGUGAAGUCUGUGGAAAAACAUUUGCAGACGUUUUCGCAUCGUGAGAGGAAGAAGAUGCCAGACAUGUUGAACUGGUUCGGUUGGUGUACAUGGGAUGCUUUCUACACCAAUGUCACCUCUGAGAGUUUAAAGGAAGGAUUGGAAAGCUUGGAGAAAGGUGGGAUUCAUCCAAAGUUUCUUAUUAUUGAUGACGGAUGGCAAUCUGUUGCCAUGGAUUCACAUGGAACUGAAUUCAGAGCUGAUAAUGCAGCCAAUUUUGCAAACAGGUUGACAAAUAUCAAAGAGAACCAUAAAUUUCAGAAAGAUGGCAAAGAGGGUCACAGAGUAGAGGAUCCAGCUUUGGGGCUUUGCCACAUUGUCACCGAAAUCAAACAAAAACAUGCCUUGAAGUAUGCUUAUGUCUGGCAUGCAAUUACAGGGUAUUGGGGAGGUGUUAGACCUGAUGUUACCGAAAUGGAACACUAUGAAUCCAAAGUGGUUUACCCUAUUUCAUCUCCUGGAGUUGAGUCAAAUGAGCCUGAUCAAGCUUUGGACAGCAUAACUAAGAAUGGUCUUCGCCUUGUUAAUCCUGAAAAGGUUUUCAACUUCUAUGAUGAACUUCAUGCAUACCUUGCUACGGCCGGUAUUGACGGAGUCAAAGUUGAUGUUCAGAACAUCCUUGAAACUCUCGGUGCGGGCAAUGGUGGAAGAGUGAAACUUGCUAGAAAAUAUCAUCAGGCUUUAGAGGCAUCAAUUGCUAGGAACUUUGCUAACAAUGAUAUAAUCUCUUGUAUGAGUCAUAACACAGAUGGUUUAUACAGUGCAAAACGAACCGCCGUUAUUAGGGCAUCGGAUGAUUUCUGGCCUAGAGAUCCGGCAUCCCACACAAUUCAUAUUGCAUCAGUUGCAUACAACACUGUUUUCCUUGGGGAAUUUAUGCAACCAGAUUGGGACAUGUUUCACAGCCUGCAUCCGAUGGCCGAAUACCAUGGAGCAGCCCGUGCUGUUGGAGGAUGUGCAAUUUAUGUCAGUGACAAACCUGGGCAACAUGACUUUGACCUACUCAAGAAACUUGUACUUCCUGAUGGUUCCAUAUUGAGAGCCAAACUUCCAGGAAGACCUACAAGGGAUUGCUUGUUCUCAGAUCCUGCCAGAGAUGGGAAAAGCCUUCUAAAGAUUUGGAAUCUGAACGAGUUCACUGGAGUGAUGGGAGUAUUCAACUGCCAGGGGGCAGGGUGGUGUAGAGUCGGAAAAACCAAUGUCAUUCAUGAUAAACAACCUGAUACAAUUACAGGAUAUGUGAGGGCUAGAGAUGUAGAUUAUUUGCCUAAAGUAGCCGGUGAUGAAUGGAAUGGAGAUUCUAUCAUAUAUUCCCAUCUUGGUGGAGAAUUGACUUACCUUCCAAAUGAUGCAACAAUGCCGAUCACUUUAAAGGCACGACAAUAUGAAGUUUUCACAGUGGUACCUGUAAAGAUAUUAAGCAAUGGGUGUAAAUUUGCUCCCAUUGGCUUAAUAAAGAUGUUCAAUUCAGGGGGAGCCAUCAAGGAUUUCAGAUAUCAUCAUGCAAACAUAGACAUGAAAAUCCGAGGGUGUGGCGUGUUCGGAGCCUAUUCGUCAACUCGACCGAAGAGAAUAACUGUUGAAACGGAAGAAGUGAGUUUUGAAUACGAAGAUGCGUCAGGUUUAGUGACACUUUCAUUGAGAGUUCCUGAGGAAGAGUUGUAUGUUUGGAGCAUAGCCAUUGAAGUGUGAUGAUAACAAAAAACCCUUUCAAACGAAAAACAAAGGCAAUGUGGGUCUCACGAAGAGCAUUGUGUUAGGUGGCUGGGUAGAAAAUGUAAAGAAGUUUGUAUUUAGGAAUUUCUGGGGAAACUGUGAGGCAUGGCAUGGGAUGGGGCUAUUCAUUAUUCAACGUGUUGGCUAUUGAAAACAGGGACGUGGGGUUGAUCUUGCCAUGAGCCAGAUAUAUCAAUGAAAUGUUUCCACCAAUCAAUAAUAGAAAAAAAAAUUAUAAUGUUUAUAAAAAAUAAAAA